AUGCGUGGGAGGAAAUGCUUUGUUGUGCUUCUAACUUUCUUUCUUCUGAUCGAGGGAGGCCAGUUUUCAUCGGAUUCUGAUUCUCUUUUCAGUUUCAUUCGUGCCGUUGAUCCCGAGAACGUGCUGAGGAUUGAUCCAAGGGGGCUGUCGCCGCAUCCCUGCUCAAGGUUGUCCAAGGGUGUUACGUGCAAUGUGGGCGGCACCAUCAUAAGAGCAAUAAGGCUUGAAAAUUUGAAUCUUAGUGGUACGAUUGAUGCAGAAUCCCUUUGCAGGAUCCCAAAUCUGCAAGUUCUCAGCUUAGCCAGGAACCAGAUCCAAGGAAGCAUUCCCGAGUCGAUAUUGAACUGCACAAGCCUGACGUACUUGAAUCUAAGCAACAACCUUUUGAAUGGGAGUGCUCCUAUUGGUUUAGCCAAGUUGAAGACUCUCAGGAGAUUAGACAUCUCUAACAAUCAAUUUACCACAAGUUUCCCUGAUUCCAGAUGGGAAUCCGGGCAUUCAAAUAACUUUUCUGUGGCAGAGGAUGGCUCCCCUCCAAAGAGUCCACCACAGAACGGAAGAAGAGGUGCCAAAAUUCCAAAGUCAUUUGACAAAUGGCCAAAAUUGAUACCUCUAGUUGUUGCCAUGACAUUGUUCUUCCUGUUCAUAUGUUACAUAAACAUGAAGGCCUUCAAGUUGGAAAAAGAGAAGGCGGUUCUGAGGUCCCUAGCCAUGUCCCCUGCCAAAUCUCCUCCACCCAAAGAUUUCGAGGAAGUGAAGCCCGAUCCAAGGAACACAGAGCUCGUGUUCUUUGUCAAUGAGGAAGAGAGGUUCACCAUGGAAGAUCUACUCGAAGCUGCAGCAGACUUGCAAAGCCAGAGCUUCUGCAGCAGCCUCUAUAAGGUGAAGAUUAAGAGCAGUGCCUUGUUUGCUGUCAAGAGACUGAAGAAACUGCAGGUCUCUUUCGAGGAGUUUGAACAUACGAUGAGGACUGUCGGGAAUUUGAAACAUCCAAACGUUCUUCCUCUUGUUUGCUACAGUUUAAGUGAUGAAGAGAAGCUGCUGAUUUACAGAUAUCAAAUCAAUGGAAGCCUGCUAAGCCUGCAAGAGAACUAUAUCGCGGGUAAGAGGGAUUUUCCAUGGAAACUUCGGCUUUCCAUUGCAGUUGGGAUUGCGAGGGGAUUGGAGUUCAUAUAUCAGAGAUCAGAUGACAGAGAGAUCAUCCCUCAUGGGAAUAUCAAGCCUUCAAACAUUCUUCUGAAUGAAACCGAAGUGCCGCUAAUAAGCGAAUACAGUCUCUCGAAGUUUGCAGAUUCCCGGGCAGCCUGCCUCUUCGGUUACAAUAAUGGCUAUACAGCUCCAGAGAAGACUCCAUCCGAAGAGGGUGAUGUCUUCAGCUUUGGUGUGAUUCUCCUGGAGUUACUAACCGGGAAAAGUGUCGAAAAGAGUGGAUUAGACCUUCCCAAAUGGGUGAAGUCAAUAGUAAGGGAGGAGUGGACAGGAGAAGUCUUUGACAAGGAGAUUAGGAAGAUCGAAAUGUAUGCUUUCUCCCUGCUUAACAUAUCCCUCAAGUGUGUGGCUCAUUUCCCCGAGAAUCGGCCUUCCAUAGCCGAGGUUCUGGAGAAGAUAGAGGAAGUUCUGAAUUCUCAGGAAGAUCACCCCCCUUCCCCCGUGUCUUCAGUUGAAUACAGCUCCAAUUAGCAGUCUUCUUGUUUGCUUCAUUAAUGUACGUUAUUCUCCUUACAAUUUGGCAGUGAUGAAAGAAGAGUAUGAUUUUCGCUCUCUGUAAGCUCCAAUAUCUGCAUUCAGUAGCUGU